AGUUAGUCUUGGAUUUGCAAAACUUUACAUGAAAUGUUUUUGGUGGGAUUAUAUUUUUCAAAAGAUAUUAUGUAUCUUUUCAUUUAUAUAUUUUUUUAUGUAACUAAUACUUUUCAUUUAUAUAUUUAAAAAAAAUAUAUCUUGUACUUGUUUUAGAGCUACGCAAACCAUAGUACUCAUUUUAAUGCCGUAUUACAUGCGCACCUCUGUAGUUUGAGCAGUUUCUGGUAGGGAAAUCCCGGAUACAAGAUUUACCUUUUGUAUAGAUUUGGAUCGUGUCGUGCGUGUCUUCUUGUUUUUUAUUACACAGCAGCAGAUGCAGUGUGCUUAAAGGAUUUCAGUGUUUUUGAUACACAAAAAUAAGUUUAUUAAUUUCCUAGGUGUCUUCCUAAUGCAUUUAGCCUUUAUGAAAGUGUGGUGUGUUCGAUAAGUGGAGAAAAGAUGCAACGUAAUUUAGAAUUAAUUAUGCAAGUUGAAACUGUAAGUCUCGAUACCGUGAUGAAUGUCGAAAAAUACUUGGAGCCUGGUGAAAUAAUCUCUCUAAUGUUUCUUUUGAAUGAACCAUGUGAAAAAACCUUAGAAAUCCUGAUCGCAUAUCAACGUGCUUCUAAAAUUGAAGGAAACACUUCUAACAUUUUACUGAAUUGGGCAAUAGAGACUAGUAAAAAGGAAUCUUGGAAAUGGUUAUUCGUAGACGCACUCCUGACAUGUCAACUCAAUUCCGUUAUAAAAAAAAUGGGUAUUGAUAUCCGUGGACUAAAAAAACAUAUAUUAUUGAACCAACAGGACUACAUUGAUCCAAUAAAAAAACACAUUUACAAAAUAUGUGAAAACAUUAACAAUAAUUUAUACAUAAAAAUUAAGAGAAUUCUUUAUGAAAAUAACGAUUUCCUUUUGGACGACCAUGAAAGUUGUGAAAUAGUUUUCUUGAAACUAAUGUGUAAAAAAAUUUUCACAAUCUCUUCUGAGGAUUUAAAAUUGGAAGUCAAUGUAAAUAAAUUAGUGAAUGUUUUGGAUCAAAUACAGGAAUUGCGCGAGUUAUCUAUUGAAAUGAAAUAUUUGGCUACAGUUAAUAUCAAUCCAAGUAAAGCUCUUUGUGAUACUCCAAAAACUUCCUGCAAGCAAAAGGAAAGUACGGAAAAAAAUGAAGACACGAAAUUACACAUUGAUGAUUUUGACGAAACUUUUACAUUACUCAAUCAAAUAUGGAUAGAAGAUAUAAAUUUAAAAUUGAAAUGUGACUGAAAUAAAGUUUCAUUUAUAGAUAUUGUUUUAUUUCUUAAUUGUUUUUAUAGCGGCAACAGAAAUACAUUAUCAAUUAAAAUUUCAAAUGUUUAACUAUCACGGUUAAUGAGAUAUAACCUGGUGACGGACGGACGGAUAGGAGAUUUACAAUUACCCUUUAAAAAAUCUAAACUGCAAUAGCUUUCCAAAAAACUAACCUCAAUAGUAUUAAAUAAUACUUAUCUCAAAAGCGACUUUUUCAAGAUGCCAUUGAAGCCGGGCGGAGGUU